AUGUUUAAGAAGCAUCCUGAUCCCAAGGCAUCUGCCAAUAUAAAGUCUUCCGAGAGGAGGAAAUUGCUUUCCAAUAUUUGCAAUUUGUACCUGAUUCCUCAGCAUCAGAUUUCUCGAGAAACUGAGCAAAGAAUUCUACCAUUGACAACCAAACAGGCAACUUUUAAAUCGCCACAGGGCUACAGUGGGACCAUCUACUAUAACGAGAAUGAAACGCCUACUUGGUUCAAAUCCAGAGAUAGUCAAAUAUAUCCUUCUUUGUUCACUUUGUGGAAUGCUCCGUUCCUUUUACCGACCAUUAAGACCCACCCGCAUGUGAUCCAGAUAUUGAGUGGUGGCGCAGAUUUGAUGCUCCCAGGGACUAUACCACCAUUUGACGAUAGAGCCGUUAAGGGAUCCAUUGUGGGGAUUGUUGAUAGUAAGAACCCAACGGUCAUAAAGGCAGUUGGAAGAUGUAAGUUGAAUAUGACCCAGUUUGACAACGUCAUUGGAAGAACUGGGAUUGCGGUAGAAGUGUUGCAUAGUAUUGGCGAUGGCUUGUAUGACUUAAACAAACUUGUUGACAUAGAAGUGCCAGAAGAGCUUGACACCGAUAUCCCAAUAGAAGAGAAAGAACAAGAGGAAAAUGAGCAUGACAGUGGGGAGGUACAAGUUGGUGAAACUCAAGUAGAGCCAGAAGUAGAAGAAGUCCAGGAAGCACCAUCUAGCGCCGAUAAUGAUGACAGCGACUUGGCUGAAAAACUAGCAGAGCUUUCAGUUGACCAAGUGGAUAAUUUCUUUAAAAGAGCCAUGAUUCAAGCUAUCAAAUUAGACACUAUUGAGCUCCCCAUUUCUUCUUCCAAUUUCAUGUCAAAUCACGUUUUAAAAAACUUGCCUCCCAUAUCUCCAGAACUUUGUAAUAUCAAAAAAACUUCAUGGAAAAAGACGAUCAAAUUCUUGAAAGCAAUGGAGAAGUCGAAAUAUAUCGUUACUAGAAAGAAAGGAGAAGAUGUUGUUAUUGACAAUUUAAUGGAUAAGUCCAACCCUGAAAUUGUUGAAUUUAUAACUCACAAAGUAGCUUCAAAUGCUGUCAAUAGUAAACCAACCCCAUCCAAGAAAGAUAAAUCUAACGAGUUUCAAGUUGUCAACCUAUACAAGCCAACAAAUAACUCUAGAAUAUUCUUCAACAAAGUGGAUGCAGACUAUAACAAAUUAUAUAAGUCCCCAGAGUUGAAAGUACUCUUGGAGAAGUACAUUAAGCUUCAAGACCUUCCACAUAAGAAGCAACCAAAGAAUAUAGUUCUUGAUGAUACGUUAAAUACAGCAACCAAGUUGGGUUUGGGUGUUUAUCCUAGAGAUAAAGUGUCGAAGCUGUUUAUCGACCACUUGUCGCCAUUUCAUGUUAUUUUAAAGCCUGGAGAAACUCUGACAGAGGGCUUGGAAAACUCUCGCUUUACCAAAGGUUCUCCACCAAAGAUAUCUAUCAUCACUGAUAUGAAAAUAGGAAGAAAAAUUGUCACAAAGGUUACUCAUUUUGAACAAUUUUACAUUAAACCGCACAUCUUGGCAGAUGAGUUAAAGGUCAAAUGUUCAGGCUCUGCCACCAUAGCACCCUGCAUUCAAAAUCCAAAUUUGAUUGAAGUUACAGUGCAGGGACCACAUGGAAAACUUAUAACUGAAAUGUUUCAACAGAAGGGAAUUCCAUCGAGUUUCAUAGAAUUCCAGGAUAACGUUAAAAGUAAGAAGAAGAGAAAGUAG